CUGGUUGCCAGGCAACUCCACAGUACACGUUUACAUUGGUGUAGUCACACACGGACGGAGCGCCGGGCACUGAGGGAGACGGUUACACGGGGCUGGCAGUCGAGGACGCCGGCCAGAGGUUUAAGCAGCUCCACUUCAUAUUAUGGGAUUGGGGAGUGGCCGCAGAGCAAUGAAGUCUCCACCACUUCUUAUAGCAGUGCUUCUAGCAUGUGUGUUUGUCCUGGGAAUAAACUACUGGAUUACGAGCACUCGAUGUGUGGAAUUACAGAGCCGUGUAAUGGAGUUGGAGGGCAGGAUUCGCCGGGCAGCAGCAGAGAGAGGGGCAGUUGAGAUGAAAAAGAAUGAAUAUGAGGAUAUGCUGACAAAGCAGAAGAAUCAAAUAGACACUAUCCAGACCUUGCACAACUCCCAGAUGCAGAAUAUGCAGCAGUUAUGUAAAAGUGAGAAGGUGAAUCUACUGAGCAAUUUAAGUACUAAAGAAAGUCUUAUACAAUCUUUUCAAGCUGAAAUAGCUGAUGUUCAGAAAAAACUGGAAGACUACAAGUUGGAGUUUAAGGAACUGCAAGAAAGCCAGGCCAAAAAGUCGUCUUAUGAAUUGGCACAGUGCAGCAAUAAGAUAGCAGAGGUGAAUGAACAGUGUGAAGAGAGGAUCCGCAGGUUGAGAGCAAAAGAUGGUAAUACUGUGAAUGAGGAAUAUGAAAAAGACACAACUACAACAAAGUUAAAAAAGGUAAAGCCUGUGACAUCAAAACAAGAAAUUAACCAAAAACCCACUGAUAUGAAAGAAGAACAGAAACUCAAGGUUGUUGUAUCAACUGCUGCGAGUACCAGAAAGGAUGAUGUUCCUCUACCACAAAAUAAUGAACAAACUAAGAAGCUUAAUGUUGCUGUGGACGAAAAGCAAUCUAGCCCUUCACCACAAGAAUCUCAAAAACAAGAGGAGGAGGAGGAGAAAGAGAAGGAGGCCCACAAUGAAGUUAAUCCCAACCUUGCAAAUGCAGAUGAAGAGGAUGAUGAGCCUAAAGUAGAAGAUGCUGAAGAUCCUAAUAAAGAAGCAGAAAAUUAUGAGGUUGAGAGGGAAAACCUAAUAAACAUGGAUGGUCAGUCAGAAGAUGAAAAAGUCACACAGAAAGUCCAAAAGGACAAAGAAAAAAUAAAUGAUUACAAUGGAGAUGAAGCAAAUGAGGCAGAAUCUGAGACAGAAAAGCAAGUGGAAUUGGGCGCUUACGAUCAAAGGCCAAGAGGAGUUAAAAGUGGAAAUACUGUAAAUGAACUUGCUGUCAACCAUCCGGCAGAGGGGGGUGAUGAUUCAAGACUAAAAUAGAGCACUUUAUCAAUUUACCACACUCAGAAUGGUCCUUGACAUGAAAUGCCUUAAAACAGACCACAAUUCAGAGGACUGAAGAUUUAUUAGGACACAAGCAAACUUGGAAGACUAUUCUUAUUUUAUUUUUGUUCUUGUAUGUUUUAAAGCCUUUUAACAGACUGAAUAAUAGGUUACUGCAAGAAUACAAUGUCUUAGAGGAUUCUAGCACAUUCAGAUGAAAAUAGAGGCCAAGGCUGGACAUCAUCUUGAGAAAGGUCUGCUCUUUCACUGCAUAAUAUUCUGGUAAACCUUUUGUAAUUGCCUUUCAUGUGUUCUGAGGAGGGGGCAAGUAUGCACAUAACGUCUUCAUUCUCAUCAAUAACCUUAUGAAGAUGGCCAUAACCACAGGACCAAAUGACAUCACUUUUUUUUAGCUAGUGUUCUAGGCCAGUGAAAGUGCAUACCGUAUAUACACCAUGUUUCCUUAGUGUAUUCUAAGAAGCCUUCCCAGGUAUUUCAGCAGUAAGCAUUUAAAUGGGGUUUUAGUCAAAGAACCUGUGAUCUGUUUUGGUGGUACUUUGUGUAUUUAUAAUCAUGUCCUAUUUGAGUGAUGCCUGAAGAUUUAAGAUAAAUAACCCUUACACAGAAUGAUUCACUUUGCUGCUAUAAGAGUUUGUCGCCUUAAUCUUAUCCUGUGCAAAUGCUGCUUCCAUGUAGUGUGUUCAGUUUAUGGCAUCCCUCACUUGUCUUUACAUACUACUUUUAAGGGCAUCAUUUUAGAGAAUUUACUAAAUCUUUAGUUUUAAUUUCACUGCCUUAAUAAGUGUAGUACUUCCAGACUGCAGCUUUAGUUGUUUCUUAAUGCAUAUUUGCACAUGGAAGGACCAGGAAUUAGCGAUCAUGUCAUUGCAGCUACACAUUGGUAAUGAGUUGAGAGACUGUUCUACUAAGUUAUAGGCUGAUGUGGAGCCAUCAACUUAAGGCCUCAUGCAUUAUAAUGACUGAAAACAUAGGCCAAUUGGCUAUAAAUCUCUCCAAAAUUGCUAAGCAGAAAAGCAGAUGGUCCCAAAGCCGCUGUAGCCUUCCUGUGGCAACAAUUGCACUCCAUUUCUAUGACCCUGAUUACCUGUGAGCUCAAUAUUUUUUAUACUGUUGUGAAUAUUCUUAUACAUCCUUUCUGCUGGGUAACUAUUUACCCCAAUCACCAUCUGUCUGCAUCAUGAUCCCUUAAUCUACUUACAUGACUGUUAUUCUACUAAACUGUGAAUGUAUUUUUAAUCAAACCAUGAAGAAGAACUUAAUGAAAUUACAAAGUAUGAAGGAAAAUCAAUACUUUAUGUAGAUUGUAUGUUUUUUUUUUGUUUUUUUAUAACUGUGGGGUUGGUAGUGUGUAUUUAUCUUCUAAAAUUAAAUUGUACAGCAAAUGUAUAAUUUAUGACCUUUUUAUUGAGGAUUAACAUAGAUUAAAGAAAACCUACAACAUUUUGGACUUUUCUAUGGUUGAAUUGUUGCACAAUAAAAAAAGUGUU